GCCCUUGUCUUUGUGGUUUCUGUUCUUUACUCUUUAUCAUAUCGAAACAUCUCGACUUCCUCACUCUCAAUCAGACAAAAAGAAAUUCGACUUCUUCUUCUCUAUAGUAUCGAAAUAGUUCGACUAAACAGUAAGUCAUUUCCAUCUCAAGUUUUCACAGGUAACUAACAUAAAUAGUAUAUUACUUCACAUUUGAUGAAGAAGUGAGGGUCUAGAAUAUCCACUCUGAUAUUAAACUUACUUCUAACCUGUCACCAGACAAAAUGCCGUGCUGGUCACCAAUCAACGCUAAGCAGGUCGCCGAGAAGCGUGCCCAAGUCGAGAGUAAUCUCUUCUGGAAAACUGCCAUGAGAGUCGAGACACAAUACUCAGAGUCUCCCGAAGAAGUCGAGGAGGGAUACUUGCAGCACUGUCGUGAUGUUAAAGAGAAGCGUCGCAAAGAGGAGGAAGCUGUUUCCCAAGCAGAGACUGAAGCGGCUGCUCAAGCGGCUGUGGAGCCACCCGCCGCCGGGGAAAAGGUCGAGGUGGAAAAGGUCAGCAGGAGAGGCAAGGUAAACAAUUGGAGGGAAUGCCUCAUCUGCACCAGCCGUGGGAAGAAAGGCGAGGGGAAGAAGUACAACAUGAGCAACUUCUCGGACCACAUCAAGGUCCACAAGCUAGAAGAGGGUGGCGGCAUGGGGGAGCAAGCCCGUCAUCCUUGCACAUCCUGCAAGGACGCCAGACAGUGCCGUGUGGCUCGCCGUCCCCAGGCUAUCAGGACGUACGCUUGCAUGUGUUGCCUCAGGGCCCAUAAGUGUUGUAGCUUCAACAUAUUUAAGAAGGGGGGUAACAAAUGUAAGGAUCAAGUACAUCCCGCUCUGUUGCCCUGA